AUGCCCGACAUGACGUCCCCCGCAAAGUCGCCCAAGGAGUAUGAAGACGAGGUGCGGUCAUGGGGUUUUACAGACGUCUACACAUGGACAGAUGCCCCCAAUGCAUACUAUCGCCCGCACAGCCAUAAUGGUCUGGCUACUCACCUGAUCAUCCGGGGCAGCCUCACCAUCACCUACCCCAAAGAUGAAACCCCGACCAAGGAGACCUUUUCAGCCGGCGCUCGCGUCGACGUCGAUCCCCGCCGUGUUCACGAGGUUUGGAUUGGGCCGUCAGGCUGUACGAUGGUUAUAGGUGAACGAGAGGAUUAG